GAGUUGCAGGCAUUGCGCCAGAAGUGCGCAAAUUUGGAGGAGAGCUGUCGCAAAGCAACAGACAGGGCUGACGAGGCUCAGCAGGAGUUGCUGACAUAUUCGGCCAAAGCUGAGGCCGCCGAGCAGCGCGCUUGGGCCAUGGCAGAGGCGGCCAAUGAGCUUGCCCUCCUCGCCGAUCUUCGACAUGUUGAGGUUCUCGAGGUCCAGCUGCGCCUUCAGGAGAAGUUGACUGCAGCCGAGCACAGAUGUCAGGACAUGGAGUGCGUCGCCCAUGAUCUGGCAUUGCGCUACAACACGAGAGAGAGAGGACUCGGAGAUGUGACUCAGUGCGGCUGA